AUGUGGGAUGUGCUUGAAGUAACACAUGAAGGAACUAGUGAAGUUAAAAUCUCUAAAGUUCUUGGAUUAACUAGAGAAUUUGAAUUAUUUGAAAGGAAUUAUGGUGAAACUAUCCAAAACAUGCAAAAGAGAUUUACUCAUAUUAUUACUCAUUUGGAUGCAUUAGGAGCUUCAUACAAUAAUUUUCAAUUGGUAACUAAAGUUUUGAGAAGCUUGAAUAGGGAAUGGCAACCCAAGGUGACGACUAUUUGUGAAUCAAAAGACUUGAAGAAUAUGUCCAUUGCUACACUCUUUGGGAAGCUCCAAGAGCAUGGGUUAGAUUUGGCAAGACUGACUUUGAAGGAGCAAGCCAAGAAGAAAACCAAAGGAUUAGCUUUGCAAGCCACUAGCUCCAAAUCUCAAGUGGAGGAAGAAAAAGAAAAAGAGCUCUCCGAUGAUGAAUUAGAUGAAGAUGAAAUGAGCUUCUUCGUAAAAAAAUAUGGAAAAUUCUUCAAGAAAAAGAAUUUUCAAAGAAGACCUCCAAUUCCUCCAAGGAGAAGAUUCAAGGAUGAAGGAGCUUCUCAACCUCCUCAUACAUGUUAUGAAUGUGGAAAAAUCGGACACUUUAAAGCCGAUUGCCCUAAGCUUCAAAAGAAAGAAAAGAGUGACAAGAAUCAAUUCAAGGAUAAGAAAAACUAUGAAAAGAAGGCCUAUGUGGCUUGGGAUGAAGAUUCAAGCUCCUCCGAUGAUUCAAGUAAUGAAGAAGCAAAUGUAUGCUUCUUGCAAGAUUCUAAAGCCUCAAAUGAGAUAAGUAAAGGAAUGCAACAUAUGUGUUUCAUGACAAUAGAAAAUGGCAAUGAGUCGGAAUCUGAGGUAAACUCUACUUGCUCUACUAUAUCUCCUUCAUAUGAUGAAUUGCAAAAUUUAUUUGAUGAAUUACAUAGUGAAUCUCUAGAGCAUGUUAAAUCUCUUAGAGAAAUGAGAAAGACCAUUGUCUCCUUAGAAAAACAAAUUGCAUGCUUAAACAAAGAAGUAAAAGAGUUAAAAGAUGAAAAUGAAACACUUAAAUUGAUUGAUGCUAGUGCAAAUUGCAUUAAAUGUUUAUCUUCAAAUGAUCAUGCAUCAUCAUCAUCAUGUACUUCAUGUGAAAAGCUAAAAAGUGAAAUUGAUGAUUUAAACAAUGUGCUAAGCAAGUUUACAUGUGGUAGAGAUAACUUAAAUGUGUGCUUGAAGAGUGUCUCAUCUAAAUGGGUAUUGGAUAGUGGUUGCUCAAGACAUAUGACGGGAGACAUUACCAAAUUCCUCUCAAUUACAAGAAAGGAACAUGGACAUGUAUCUUAUGGAGAUAAUAACAAAGAAAAAAUUCUUGGCAUUGAGAAAGUUGGCAACUCCUCAUCAACUUGUAUAGAAAAUGUUUUACUUGUUGAUGGUCUUAGACAUGACUUGCUUAGUAUUAGUCAAUUAUGUGACAAAGAUUUUAAAGUUGUUUUUGAUUCUAAAUGUUGCAAAAUUGAAAGUCUAAAUGAUGGGCAAGUUAAGUUUAAAGGCUAUAGAGUUGAUAAUAUCUAUAUGAUUGAUCUAGAUGGUAUGCCUUCAAAUGACGAUAGUUGCUUGGACAUGUGUGGAUGGGUUUCCAUGUUUUAA